AAAUGAAUUUUUCAAAUGAGAAUUCUUUGGCUGGUUUAUAAGCAAUUUAGUUUGAGGAAUAAACUAAUGAAAAAGAAGUUGAAUAAUGUGAUAAAAGUAUAUGCAGAUUAGAAAAAAAAGCAAACAAUAGAGAGGUAAUAAAUUCAUGAUGAUGUCAACAAGAAUCCAGAAAUAUUUAAUAAUAUAGAUCAAAUCCAGAAUCUAUCUUGAU